AUGGUCAAGGAUGUCGACAAGACCAUCGACAAGGAUUUUGACAUGGAGGAGAGAAGAUACAAGGUGCUCAAGACGGCAGGCCAAAACUUACAGAAGGCUUCCAAGGGUUACUUGGACUCGCUCAGAGCCGUCACCGCAUCGCAGGUCACGAUUGCCGAAAUCGUGCUGAACUUGUAUGAGGAGGCCCGUCAGGGUGGAUCCGUGUACUCCAACGUGGGUCAGUACUACAUGCAAUGUGUGAGGGAGCUAGACGAGGAGACGGUGAAGCAGGUGGACGGACCGUUCCGAGAAACCAUUUUGGACCCCGUGACCAAGUUUGCCAGUUACUUCAACGAGAUUGACGAAGCCAUCAAGAAGAGAGCGCACAAGAAGACGGACUACGACCAGUGCAAAGCCAAGGUGAGGCGUUUGAUCGACAAGCCAGCAAAGGAUGCUGCCAAGUUGCCCGAUAUCUACGAGGACUUGAACGAGCAGUUGAAGAGCGAAUUGCCUCAGCUCAUUGCGUUGAGAGUGCCAUUCUACGACCCUUCGUUUGAGAGUUUGGUCAAGAUUCAAUUGCGUUUCUGUACCGAGGGCUACUCGCGGUUGGCCCAGUUGCAGCAGUACUUGGACCAGGCGUCCAGAGACGACUACGCCAACGGUGUGUUGGACGGCAAGAUCGACGACAUGUUGCUACAGAUGAACUCCUUGAGUAUUACCAGCUUGGGGCAGAAGUAG